AUGGAUGGGCAGGCUACUGGCAAGUGGCGCGGCACGGCGAGCGGGGUGGUGAGCGCGCCCGUGGACCGCGUGUGGGAGCUGGUGUCCGCCACGUCUCGGCUGCGCGAGUGGAUGCCCAUGGUGGAGUCGUGCACCGCGGUGGCCGGCGAUGAGGGCGUGCCGGGCUACGUGCGCCUCGUGCGCGGCGGCCUCAUGUUCCCCCAGCAGCUGCAGCAGCAGGCGUCGUCGUCGUGGGUCAGGGAGAGGCUGGUGGCCAUGGACCACGCCUCCCGCUCCUACACCUACCUCAUGGAGGACGGCAACGUCGGCCUCGCCGGCUCUCGCAACACCAUCAGCCUCUUCGACUACGGCGGCGCAACGCUGGUGGUGUGGAGCUUCGAGAUGGAGCCGGUGGACGGCGCCAACCAGGACGCCCUGCUCGACUACCUCCGCAUCCUCUACAAGUCCUGCAUCGACACCAUCCCCGCUUCGGCCUGCUGCUAG